AUGCAAAGAGCUUUACUGCAAUCAAUAAGGAGAACGGUUCAAAGUCGUGUUGGUUUAGCCCCUUCUGCACUUAGAUACUCGGUGUGUGUUCCACGUCAACAAUUCGUUCGUUUUAACUCCACGAAGCCAGAGGCAAAAGAGACUACUGAAUCCACAGAAAAGGUCGCAGAGGAGGCAAAAGAGAAAUCAGAGACCGAAUCUGCAGAAAAGACAAAUGCUGGCGAAGCUACUGAAGAUCCUGAAUUUAAAGAGUUGAGAGAGAAAUUGGAGAAGAAGGACAAAGAUUUAGCCCUUAUGAAGAACCAUUACGCUAAAGCUAGAGCCGAUUUCCGUAGUUUACAGGAGACAACAAAGAAGGAAGUACAAAAUGCAAAAGAUUUUGCAUUGCAAAAACUUGCAAAAGAUUUAUUAGAGUCAAUAGAUAAUUUCAAUUUGGCAUUGGAUCAUGUCAAGGAAGACACUCUCAAAGCCAACGAAGAAGUUAAAAACUUGUACGAGGGAGUGGACAUGACAAGGAACGUUUUCGAGAAGACAUUGCAAAAGCACGGUAUUGAAAAAAUCGAACCAUUGGGAGAGAAGUUCGACCCCAACUUACAUGAGGCCACUUUUGAAAUUGCCCAACCUGACAAGGAGCCAGGCUCCGUUUUCUUUGUUCAACAAACUGGCUACACUUUAAACAACCGGGUUUUGAGACCUGCCAAGGUUGGUGUUGUCAAGAGCGAAGACAACUAG